AUGACGGUUGUUGAAUUUUUGAACGGUCGCGAUGGUGUGUCUUCAGUUUUAAGUGGUCAAGUGCGCGCCGAGUCUGUCAUGCAGCUUAUUCAGGUACUGUUCCUCGCGGGGUUGAGUUUCGCGCUGGAGGAGACGGAGCGCUCCAUUUACUUGCAACCGCGCCACUUCAACCCCCAUCCCUACGAAGUAUCGGGCUACGAAACCAACGGAAAUCGCGGACCUGUCCUGUUCCCGACGACACCCCCUGAUCCCGACGAUCCUAGUGGAAAUAGCAACAAUCUUCCGAUUGACGACAGUCCUUACACCGCCGUCGUUCGCAAGCACCAGAGGGAACAAGCGGAGCGAUUUCUUGACGAGGUGAGUUGCAAAAUUUCGCGUGAGUAG